CAUGCUCUGAACUCCUCAGACAGAGCGUCUGCUUCACAGAAGAGAAGAACCGCAGGAUAUCUGCGCUCCAGAAACUCAGGAAUAAGAAGACGUUAUUUCUUAAUAAAUAAUUGACGAGGAGCUUCGCGAUCUUCAGGAAGCCACUCCUACAGCAUCGAGCUGUAAAUGCAGAAACCCCGCUGUCUGAUCAUUCAGAGAGAGGAAAGCAGGCAGAACAGCUGGAGCUCUCAGACACACGGCUGUGAAGAUGGAGUUUGUUAAAGAGGAGCGUGAAGAUCCAGAAACACGCGGAACCACAGACGAAGAAAGCGGCGGACAGAAAGACCUGAUGGAAGAGGAAAGUGAAGAAACGGGUGAAGCUGAAACAGAAAGUGAAGAACAGAGUGAAUGGGAAGAGGAAGGUGAAGAACUGAGUGAAGAUGAAAUAGAAAGUGAAGAAGAACUGAAUAAAAACUCUUCUAAAAAGAAAGUGUCACAAAAAAGAAAGUCGUGCACCUGCCGUCAGUGUGGAAAGAGUUUCACGUGUAAAAGAAGCCUGAUGGAACACAUGAGAAUCCACACCGGAGAGAUGCCUUUCUCCUGCACUCACUGCGGAAAGCUGUUUAAAUACAAAGGAAGCCUUACGGAUCACGUCAGGAUCCACACCGGAGAGAAGCCGUUCAAGUGCACUCACUGUGGAAGGAGAUUCACUCACAGAACAAGCCUGUCAGCACACGUGAAAAUCCACACCGGAGAGAAACCUUUCACAUGUCAGCAGUGCGGGAAGAGGUUUAGACGUAAAACAUACUACAAUUAUCACUUAAAAACUCACUCUGAUGUGAAGCCCUACAUCUGUCCUCAGUGUGGGAAGGGUUUUAAUUUGGCAUUACACCUGAAAUCACACGAGAUCGUUCACAGAGAAGUGAAGCCGUUUCACUGCCCUCCAUGCGGGAGGAGUUUCCAUACAAUGAAAGAUCUAAGAAGACAUCUAAAGUCCUUCAUACAUAAUAAAUACCUGCCGCUAGGGAGAUUCAUGCUCCAGAGUGGCUCCUCAGCUCAAGGUUUUCCCUCAGGGCUGAAUAUGUCCUUCACUAAAACACACUUCCUGCAGUGAAGUUCUUACCAUUUCAAUCGUAGAUCAAUGUAUUAAAUAAUUAAAACAUGUCUGUGUCUGUAAAAGGAUGCUUAUCCUUAACAUUCAGGAGUAACACUUUUAAAUGAAUAAAACUACUUGUGUAUGCUA